AUGUCCGCUUCUCCAGCAAAGAACAUUCCCUGCUGCACGAAGUGCUCCACACCCCGAACCUACUCACAGUUCAUCGCAAACCACACCUCCACCAAGCAACUACACCUAUUCUCAGAACAAGACACAUGCGCCAUCUGCCAGCUCCCCUACGGCAGCUCAAACCUCGCCCUCCAAAUGCUUGACAAGGCUCUCGCCAUCAUAAACCUCCCCGGUUGCAACCACAUCCUCGGUUCAGCCUGUAUCCACCAGAUGAGCCUCGACACGUCAUCCAGCUCUUCACGGCGAUGUCCCCUCUGCCGAAAAGAAUGGUGGCAACAACCGGAAUACUAUUCCGACAACGUCAGCGAGAGUGACAGGCACGAUAUCUCAGAAGCCAUAGCUAGGUGUUGGCAGACCGACUAUAGCACUGCUCGGUACCAUAUCUAUGGAGAGCCAGAGUAUGCUGGUGUGUAUCCGCCACGCGGACUGGAUGAGCUGCAGCAGAAAUUGGAUUUUAAGAGGAGGAUUGGAGAUGCGGUUACGACGGAUGUGAUUGAGAAGAGGAUACAGGACUUAAGGAAAGAGUCUGUUAUUGAGAUGGGAGAGAUGAGUUAUGAUCCUUAUAGGGUUCUGAGGGCUUCCUCAUGGAGCUUUGAGGAUGCCACGGUGACUAUUACCAGCAAAGGUGCUGGUGUUGGCGGAGGUUCAAAGGACAAAUUGAGUCCCUCGACACCGCUGGGCAAAUCUGUAUCGUUGGGCGCAACGGAUACUUUGAAGCUUGUCCUCACAACCCUCGAUGGAAGCACCGCGAAGCGACCUCACCAAGCAUUCCUUACUCUGACGGAACCAACGACGGGCUUGGAGGAGUCUUUCGUAUUCAAUGUCAAGGACAGCGGCAAGGGAAAGGUUGAUUUGUCUCACAAGGACCUACCCCACCAAUUCCUUACAUCCGAGAAACCAAUCGUCGCAUCGAUUGUCCUUGGAUCAUUCGGUUCCUCCGCGCCAUACAAGAGCAAAGCGUUCGACCUCGCCGUCACCCGUGACCCCAGCGUCCCUCUCAGCGUCCCCGAGCCGCCCGUCCGCUACGCCGCCGAGUCCGAGAUCCACCACAUCUUCAAAGAGGAUGCUAAGUCUCCACCUAAGAUCAUAACGAUUGUGUUCGCGGCUGCUGUUGCUGCUGCGCUGCCCAUUCUUCUCGGUGUAUGGGCUACACUGGGCGCGAACACCAGCCACCUGAGCAAGGCUCUGGGCAACGCACCCGUGUCGCACGGGCUGUUUUAUGGCUCUAUCCUGGCGAUGGAGGGCAUUUUCUUCCUGUACUACACCAGCUGGAACCUCUUCCAGACUUUGCCGGCUGCUGCCGUUGUAGGAGUUGUUGCUUUCCUGAGCGGUAGCCGGGCCUUGUCUGAGGUCCAGGAACGGAGGCUCGCUGGGCAAAGAUAA